AUGAAAGUGGAAAACAACACAAGUGUGGAAGAGUUCAUCCUCCUGGGAUUCCCAGGGUCUUGGUAUUUACAGGUGUCCCUCUUCGUGUUCUUCCUUUUUGUGUAUUCCCUGACAGUCAUGGGAAAUGUCGCCAUCAUUGUCCUUGUCAGAACGCACCCACGCCUUCAAACACCCAUGUACUACUUCCUCUGCAACUUUGCCCUUCUGGAGAUCUGGUUUACCACAGCCUGUGUUCCUAAGACCCUGGCCAACCUGAUGUCCCAAAGCAAAUCCAUCUCCUUCACUGGAUGCCUCCUGCAGAUGUACUUUGUCUUCUCUUUUGGUUGCGUAGAAUAUUUCCUCCUGGCUGUCAUGGCCUAUGACCGGUAUUUGGCUAUUUGCUACCCACUGCGCUAUAGUACUAUCAUGAACAGCACCCUUUCCAUCCAGAUGGCCGUGGGUUCUUGGGUGGGUGGUUUCCUGGUUAUUUCUGUGCCGGCAUCUCUGAUCUCCAGGUUGUCCUUCUGUGGCCCUAAUGUUAUUAAUCACUUCUUUUGUGACAUAUCCCCCUGGAUAAUUCUGUCCUGCACAGACACCUACCUUGUUAACAUGGUAUGUUUCAUCAUGUUUGCCAUUGUCAUCCUGGGCUCCUGUGUGAUAACCUUGGUCUCCUACAUUUAUAUCAUAUCCACAAUUUUAAGAAUCCCAUCAGCCAAAGGCCGGCAAAGGGCUUUCUCCACUUGUUCUUCUCAUCUCACUGUUGUCAUUAUAUGGUAUGGAUCAACCAUUUUCUUGCACGUCAAGCCAUCAAUCGAGGCCUCACUGGAACUAACCAAAAUAGUCACCAUCUUGAACACUGCUGUUACUCCAUUGCUAAACCCUUUUAUCUACACACUGAGAAACACAGAGGUCAAGGCAAUCUUGAAAAAGAUGUUGAGGGGGGAAACAUAA